AUGCGUUCUCCGGUUCAGCAAGCCGCGCUUCUCGCGAUCCUUCUCCAAUCCACCGACGCCGCGCCCGCCGGCCUCCUCGACUCCCUCACCGGCGUCACCCAGCUCCUCUCCCUCCCGACCAACUACGUCCAGUCCCUCUCCGGCAUCCUGGGCACGAACCCCACCGCCGGCCUCAACGUCCUCAACGCGAACGACCUCCAGACCAAGCUCGGCGCCAUCUGGGGCUCCAAGUCCGGCGGCUCCACCGACUUCUACGGCAACAUCCAGAAGCAGAUCGGUCAGGGCAUCGUCCCCGCCGGCCUCCUCUCCGGCUUCCAGGGCAUCCUCAGCAGCGGCGGUCUCCUCGGCGGCAGCGGCCUCCUCGGCCUCGGCAGCGCCGACCUCACUUCCAUCGUGAACAAGCUCGUCGGGCCCCUCACCCCGCUCGACUCGACCAACAACCUCAACCCCCUCAACCCGGCCAAGCCCAUCUACCCCAAGAAGGACGCCGCCGACGCGCCCUACUCCCUCACCGAGCAGCAGCUCCGCCAGGCCAUCUACAUCCCCAAGUCCUUCACCUACGGCCAGAAGCCCCCCGUCAUCUUCGUCCCGGGCACCGGCACCUACGCCAACGAGGCCUUCGGCGGCAACCUCCUCAAGCUCCUCACCGGCGUCCCCUACGCCGACCCCGUGCUCCUCAACGUCCCCGGCGCGCUCCUCGGCGACGCCCAGGUCAACUCCGAGUACGUCGCCUACGCGACCAACUACAUCAACGGCAUCACCGGCAAGAACGCCAGCAUCGUCUCCUGGUCCCAGGGCGGCCUCGACACGCAGUGGGCCUUCAGCUUCUGGCCGUCCACCCGCGCCGUCGUCUCCAACUUCCUCCCCGUCUCGCCCGACUUCCACGGCACCGUGCUCGCCAACGUGCUCUGCCUCUCCCCCGGCGCCGGCGCGCUCAACGCCCCCUGCGACCCGUCCGUCAUCCAGCAGGAGUACACCUCCAACUUCGUGACCACGCUCCGCGCCAAGGGCGGUGCUGACGCGUACGUGCCGACCACAACGUUCUACUCCGCGCUGCUGGACGAGGUCGUCGAGCCGCAGCAGGGCACCGCCGCCUCCGCGUACAUCACUGACGCGCGCCGGGUUGGAGUUACGAAUGUUGAGGUGCAGAAGGUCUGCGCCGGCCGCCCUGCUGGUGGUGUUUACGGACACGCGACGACGCUCUUGAACCCCCUCACUGCUGCGCUGGUCAAGGACGCGCUGAUGAAUGGCAGCGGCCCUGCGCAGAUUGGCCGGAUCAACCUGAACGAUGUGUGCAAGGACAUCAUCGCCCCCGGGCUGAACGUCGAGGACGGUGUUGCUACCGCCGGAUCGAUUGUGGCUGCCGGUGUGCGGUUGUUGGCCUACCUGCCCAAGUUGAUUGGCGAGCCGGCUUUGAUGGGUUAUGCUCGUGCCUAA